AUGUUCAAGACAAGUCCAAAUUUUGCUCGAAAAGGACACCAACAAAUCACAGGCAGCGAAGCGGACGAAAAGGACCGCAUAAUAGCUGGGGUGCAAUUUAUUGUCCGUUACAUUGGAUCUACAGAAGUGGCCUCCGCAAACGGGACAGGUAGCGGAAAAACUGAAAAACCCGUCGCCCACGUGUUUGACCAGCAGAGAAGAAAAGAAAAUGGAAAAACGCAAAAGAAACUGAUUUUGACACUGUGCUCAAAGAACCUAAGCGUCACUGACGAAGCUUGUGGUAAACUAAUCGCCAGUUUUCCUAUCUCGAAGAUUACAUUCUGUAACCUCGACAAGUUCUACGAGAAGGCCUUCGUCUUUGUUGCGCGUGACAAACCCGAGAAUCCCUUCAAAGCAUUUGUCUUUACCUGCGAAAGUAAAACCAAAGCCAGAGAAGCUUUCAAGGCGCUCUCACUGGCGUUUAUUAUCAACUACGAAUGCUACCAAGCAUCUCUUGCCCGCUGUGCGCCGAACGGGAAGGGAACAACCGGUGACCGCUCACCCAAUAGUGAUGAACAGAAAAGCAAUUUUCUCAACCGAAUGGCCGACGCCGGGUUUGACGCUGGUAAAGAAUCUUCUUUGCAGUUUCCGAACGGUAAUGGUCCGUCCAACAAAGAAAGUAUCCCAACUACGUUACGUAAAUUGCCCGUUAAAAACGAAACUGUCCUGAUCACUGACUGUCGUAAGCAUACAAGGAGCGCGUCGGAUCCCACUCAAAUUGGAAAAACAAGGACGCCCAAUCUUACUCCGUCGCCUUUGAUAACUGUUACAGCAACUAACAACAGUAAAGAUGGUGAGAUGGAGGAAGAAUUCACUGAAUUCGCUGAGCUGAGAUCAAAAUGCCGAUCGAGUUCCGCGAUCUUCGGGAACAAUCACGCAGGAAGUACCUGGGAAGGUUUCCAGCUCUGUGAAGGCAGCGCCCCAAACGUUUGGCCGGGAGGCUUUCAGGGUGCAUGCCCUCCAAUUUAUUAA